UGCUAAGAGACAGUAUGUGGGAGGCUGUCAGAAAUGAUGAAGGGAGGGGAUGAUGAAUGAUAUUUAGCAAGCUGUAAUGUUCGUGAAUAGACUGUAAUAGCUAGCUAGCUAUAUAACUUAAAUAUAUCUACUUUACUACAUUCUGAACAAAAUACCACAGCUAAGCAAUUCGUUAGACAGCUGAGUGCGUUGUAUUCGUGAGUCGUUGAUUUAUCAUAAUAAAUGGUUUUGGAGCUGGCAGUGCCCGCAAAUGCAGGCCCAUUGCUUCACCGCUCCAUCCAGCACAUUGAGCGUAUUUUCCGGGUGAGGGUCAGCUACGGAUCCGCUGAGUCAAACUGCGACAGCGCAAAUGUCAGCACCAGCAAUAUAAUCAUAGUUCGUGUCGGAGAGGGCGAGGAAGAUGACUGCACCAAGGCAAAAGAUUACAUAGUGUCCUUAAUUUCGCCAGCUCACCGAAAGAGAGAGCGUCUAACGUUGGCUUUACACAUACAGCUGGCUGCGCUGAAGUCAGCCAUCGAGUAUGAUUCUCAGGCUGUGGUGGAGGUGAGGGAGCAUGUGGUGGACAUCUCCGGUGGCGAGAGGAACGUGAUGACGGCAUGGUCGAUGGUGGAGAAGAUCAAAAUGGAGAAACACCCAUGCAGGGAAGAGGCCCCUGAGCUGACUGAGGCCCAGCAGCACAGUGGGGAGUCUGAGGAGGGAAGCAGCUCAGAGAGCGAGUCAGAGGAGCAGCAUCAGCUGCAGCUGAACAGCGGCGGCUGUAAGAGGAAAGAGCACUUCAGUGCCACCAAGCCUCACCGGCAGCUCUGUCGCUCUCCAUGCCUGGACCGGCCCAGCUUCUCCCAGAGCUGCACUCUACCAGAGCUCCGCAUUGAAGACACCAAGGCCGCUGCAGUGCUCAAACAUGGCAGCGACAAGGAGUACCAAACCAAGAUGGAGUUUGCCUUGAAGCUGGGAUACUCAGGUGAACAGGUGGAGACAGUGCUGAACAAGUUAGGGGCUGCUGCCCUUAUCAAUGACAUUCUGGCUGAGCUUGUAAGGCUUGGUAAUAAAGGAGAACCGGAGGUUCAAGCCAGCAGUAACACCGGCACGUUCGUCUCCCGUGGAGGCCCCUGUGUCAAAGAGGCUGUCAGUCCGGAGGUGUCACUUGAAGAUGAUUCUGUGGAUCCUUAUGAUAAUCUCAGGCCUAUCGUCAUUGAUGGAUCGAAUGUGGCGAUGAGCCAUGGAAACAAAGAGGUUUUCUCUUGCUUUGGUAUCCAAUUGGCUGUUGAUUGGUUUGUGGAGAAAGGACACAAAGACAUCACAGUGUUUGUUCCUGCCUGGAGGAAAGAGCAGUCGAGACCUGACGCCCCCAUUACAGACCAAGACAUUUUGCGGAAGCUAGAGAAAGAAAAGAUCCUAGUGUUCACCCCAUCUAGAAGAGUCCAGGGAAGGAGAGUGGUGUGCUAUGAUGAUCGCUUCAUAGUGAAGCUGGCCUGUGACUCUGAUGGCAUUAUUGUGUCAAAUGACAACUACAGGGACUUACAGAAUGAGAAGCCAGAGUGGAAGAAGUUCAUAGAGGAGCGGCUGCUGAUGUACUCGUUUGUCAAUGAUAAAUUCAUGCCACCUGAUGAUCCUUUAGGAAGACAUGGUCCAAGUUUAGAGAAUUUCCUCCGCAAGCGUCCUGUUGUUCCAGAGCACAAAAAGCAACCCUGUCCAUAUGGGAAAAAAUGCACUUAUGGACAUAAGUGCAAGUACUAUCACCCAGAGCGUGCAAACCAGCCUCAGCGGUCAGUGGCUGAUGAACUGAGAGCGUUUGCCAAAUUGUCUGCUGUAAAGACAAUGAGCGAGGGGGCCCUGGCCAAGUGUGGCACUGGACCCACCACAGCUAAGGGGGACAGUGGCUCUGAGGCUAAACGUGUGGCCCCCAAGCGCCAGUCUGAUCCCAGCAUCCGCUCAGUGGCCUGCGAGCCAGAGGAGAGACUGUCUGCUGUCCGUAAGCCUGAGGCAAAUUCUGUGCCUUCCCUCGUGUCUGCCCUCAGUGUGCCCACCAUGCAGCCUGCCAAGAGCCACGGGGCUGGUGCCUUGAACACUCGAUCAGCCAGCAGCCCAGUACCCGGCUCCCUCCAGUUCACCCACAGCUCCCUGGAGCACAUGUCUAGUGUACAGUACCCACACCCACCCAUCCUAGUCACCAACAGCCAUGGUGCUUCUGUCACUUACAGUGAACAGUUUCCUAAGUACGAUUCUGUGAGCACAGACCACGGAUACUACUCUAUGCUUAGUGAUUUUUCUAACAUGAGCAUGAGCAGCAUGCACAACGUGGACAGCUUCUGUAGCAUGGAGCAUGAGCARGGGYUUUAUCWGKGAAAUCCCAGCCAGCAUUGCCCUGAGCCCUGCCUCAGCCACUCUAACAGUGACUCCUUCUCCUCUUAUGGGGAAUUAUACAUGAGCUCAGUGGACAGUAGCCUGGAUGAGAGCAUYAAGGSYCAGCAGWCUCCUGCACAGAGCAGACUKCAGGCCUUCUCCCAUGGGGGYUUCCACCACGAGGCCCUGACCCGYGUGCAGAGCUAUGGCCKUGAGGAGCCRAAGCAYGGUCCAWGCAGGAAGCAGUCCAUAUCCCACCUGGCACCGCAUGUCCAGCACCCUGRUGUUGGGGCCKGGUCCAGCUGCCCAGGGGACUACCCCUUACCUCAGAAUGUCCUCCCGUCKCAGUCCUCGCAYCCGGGACGCUCCCUGGGCAUGACACGRAUGGACAGCAUCUCAGACUCCAGGCUGUACGAGAGUAACCCCAUGAGGCAGCGSAGACCCCCACUGUGCCGCGAGCAGCACGCCAGCUGGGACCCGCUGCCCUGUGGCAGUGAGUCCUAUGGAUACCAUUCGUACCCCCUGAGUAACAGCCUGAUGCAGCCGUGUUGUGAGCGGGUGAUGGUCCGCAGCAUGCCUGACAAGAUGGAGCAGAUCUGGAGGUCUCCGUGGGAGAACCCGCCUCAAGCCGAGCGCCAUGUCAUCCCAGAGCACCAGUACCAAACAUACCGCAACCUCUGCAACAUCUUCCCCGCUUUCGUGGUGCACUCUGUCAUGGAGAAAAACCCUCAUCUAACGGACCCACAACAACUCGCUGCUGUCAUUGUCACGAAGCUGAGGUCUUGCCAUUAAGUGUUUUUAUUUUAUUUUUGAAGCUACAAUUGUCUGAAUAGUAUUAGUAUUCUAUAUUUGAAGUUAUUUGAUUGUCAUCAAAACAAUUUCUCCUCAUGAAAUUCAGAAACCCAAAAUCAUUAUAAUCAAAUGUAAGGGAAACUGACUGAUGGUAAGAUUAUGUAUUUGAAUUUAAACGUAGCCAUCUAUCAUUUGAUACAGUGAGGAAUUAGUUCACUAUACCUAGAUAAUAUUGUGCAUAUCUGACACUGAUGUAAAUACUAUGUGACUUUGUUGUUUAUUGUGCAAUGAUUUGUGGUAAAAGACAGAGGGAAGUGAGUGCAACCAUACCUCAGAGCAUGAACUUUGACAUUUUAAUGGCCUUAUAUCUGAAUGACCUCACUUCUCCAGUCAUUGUUUAAUGGAUUUCAAUGAAUAUCCUAAUGUUGUUGAGGUCAGUCUCUCUUGCUUUUUAAAUGUUAAGCACUGUAAGUAUUUAGAAUUAUAUAUAUUUUCUCAAUCUCACUUUACAAAGCUACUAUUUUGGUAGAACUUGUGAGUGCACGUAUAUAAGCAAGCCAAACUAGAACUGGGAAAGAUCAGACUUAAAACACCUGUGCUCAUAUGACACAUGAAAGCCAUUUCAAAGCUGCUGAAAUAAUGCCAAAAAGAUAGAUAAUUGACCUUGUCAUUAUAAAAGCGAUUAUAGUUUUGAUGCAGACAAUUGAUUGGAUAGUAGUGUAACAUCACACCAGUGUUGUAAGCCUUUCCUAUGGUAUAUUGUAUGGCUUGCUGUGUUGAUUAGUUACAUUAAUGUAACUGUGUUACAUGGACAUUAUUGGGAUCAUUUUGAGCAUGUGUAUAUAUGAUUGGGACCUGGCAUGUGACUUAAUGGCACAGAAUGGCACUUCCAUUGUGUCUAACAUGACUUAUUUUGUAUUUACUAAGGAACUGGUGAAGUCUCUUCGGCAAAAUGCUUUAAAGAAAAGCAUCCGUUUCCUUAUUAAUGCUGAGAGACAACCCAUGUAAAGAAAACAAAAAAACAUUUCUGAAUGUUAUUUGCCCAAAACAAUUUUGGGGCUUUGUUGACUUUUGUUUUUUCAUGAACUAAGAGCAGGCCAUGUUGGGCCUGUUGUCUCUUCAUGAGAAGGUGUGACACACUGCCUAAAUGUUUCUUCCUGUGAAACACUCAGAAUGCGAGGCUGCCGUCAGGGUUGUUUCUGGCAUUUGGCUUACAGUUUGCGUGCCUAUCUUUUCCCCUCACGUUUGAAAGGUUUCAUUAUGAUGUGAAAUGUGUUGGUUAUAAUAUCAUUUCUAAAGACUUAUGGAAUUGUUUCUUUUCUCAGUGAGUAAAAUAUGAUCUGAAAUCAAGGUCUUGGGCCAUAUCUAAUGCACGUUAGUAUUUUGUUUAUUUUGACAUGACGUGCAUGUUUCAUAUUUUUGAUGAGAGUAGAAGAGAGACCCCCCCUCCCAUUUUGAAGUGCCGCAAACAACAAAGCCUAAAAUGUCUAGAAAUGACCUUUGUUUGUUGAUACAAAUUGUAUCUAUUUCUUGAUUGUAAAAUAUAUUUAUGAAAUGUACAGUAUCAUUAAAAAAAGUUUUAUUUAAGAAAAAAAAAUACAAUGCCAUAAUGUUUGUGACACUGUGUGUCACUGGGAGUAGCCCAUUGGUAUGUACUUUUUCCUACUGGGCACAGUAGUUUAUUUACAGGGAUACUUACGCGCUACAUGGAAGUGCAUAGAUACCCUGUGUGCAGCUGUAAGCAUUGUGUCCUUUCUCUGUAUGUAUUAAUACUGAAAUGACCACUCAUUGUACAGUUUCAAUGCGCUAUUUAACUUGUUGCAUCAAUGUUUUUUGCUGUGUUGUAACCCAAGCAGCUUGGUAAAAAAUGUGACCCCUCUAACUUUUUAUCCAUAUCUGCUCUAUUCCUGUGUUGAUACCAUCUAUAUUUAAAUGUAUUGACAUUGACGUAUUGAAAAACAUGCCAAAACUGGUUAACUUUUAAUUGCUGCACAGAAAACUGAAUAGGUUGCGAUGUCAGUCAUAUAUGCUUGGGUUACGAUACUUAGGGGGUUAUUUAUUAAAUAAAUACUUAAAAAAAAAAUGUUGACCCACAUAAUACUAUAUUCAACUCUUAGGCUACUGCCACAGUAAAGCCGAGUGACGGUGUGUUAGUAUGAUUUAGUAUUUAUGAGGCAGCGUCAAUUACCACUGAUUGGACAUGGGUAAAACCUGUGAAAAAUAUUUGAUGGAUAACCCCCUUUUUUGGUGACAAGAUUAUAACUAUUGAUUUGUGGUUUACUUUAGAAAUCUGGCACUCUCACCAAUGGCACUUGAUCUAGCCUUAAGUAUUUUAAAGCAUGUGAGAGAAUAUUGGUUUAAAUUCUAUUGUUUCAAAUGAGAAAUUGUAUUUUUGCUGUGAGCCUUUGUAAUUACAUUGAAUUUACAAGAUAGGCCUGUUUGCGAUGACUGACUGAUUUCAGUCUGAUAUUGGUGGUCUGAGCAACUUGCAGUUGAUUUUGUUGGAAUUGAACACAGCAGAUAGAUGUUUGAAAAACUAGAUAUUUCCAAUGUGUAGAUUAACCUUGAAUUGUGUUCUAAAUAUAUCAGCUUACCUGAAAUGGUAGAUUCUCAUACACCCACAAUAUAAAUUCUCAGGUACUAUGAGAUUUACAGCAAAAACAAUAUUGAUGUGUGCUAUUAUGAAUGAUAAAUGCGCUUACAAAGUCAAAUUUGUGAAUUAGUGCAGCUCUCAUGUCCUAAAGUUAAAUUGAACUGUCUUGUAUUGUGGUUUUGCAAUGUAAAAGGGUUAAGAGUGAGUUGACAACUAGGCCGUGUGUUAUGAGCUGCAGUAGUUUGUUCUAUUCUAUGUUGAAUUAAAUGCAUUGCUUUUAAAAUUGUUUUAAGUGACAAAACAAUUACCAAAAGACAAAACAUGAACUCUUUGGGUCUGUUGGCUCAAACAAAAUGUAAGUCUCAAUGACGAAGUGUUUGUUUCCUCAAAUAAAGCAAGACUAUGUUUAUACAGUG